CAGGCCCGUGACCAGGGCAGCCAUGGCCUCCCCCGGCUCCAGGGACCCCAGCCCGGCAGGCCCCGCCGCGCCCCCCGAGCCCGCCUUCCCCGACAUCUACGGCGGCGACGCGCAGCUGUGGGAGGCGCAUUUCCGCGGCAUCGGGCGCGCCUACCGCGCGCUGGGCAAGGACGACGACUUCGCCAUCCGCGUGCUGACCGAGGACUUCACGCUGCCCUUCCCCUUCGCCUGGCCGCCCGGGCCCGACCCCGCGCGUGGCCCGCUCUUCUACGACCCGCACGACCGCGCGGGCUUCGACUUCCUGCUGCGGGGCCCGGGCGCUGCGCCCCCCGCGCUGCUGCGGCCCCUGCACGCCACGGCGCAGGCCGCCGUGCGCAAGCGGCGCCUGGAGCGCCUGGCGCGAAGCUACGCGCGCGCGGGUCCGGGCACGGCCUCCUGCUGCUGCCCCCCGGCCCGCCCGCCCGCCCCGCGCCCCCCGAAUAAAGCCCCGAGCCCGCCCGGAGACGCCUUGCCCGCUGCCACGCGCCCUGCGCCCUGCUGGGAGUCGGGGGUGGCCGCGGGUGGUCCUGGAUCUGGCCUCCCCACCCUCCAUGGGGGUCCUGCCUUCCAUGGGGAGUCCCCAUGA